UGAAUGGAUUAUUUUGUUUCAACGUAUUACUGGUGUAAAAAUAUUUCAUGUUACAUGGAUCAUUUUUGUGAUGCUACAGUCCUGACUAUAGAUGGUUGAAAAAGAAGGUUAUCUUCAAAAAGCUAAAAUUGCAGAUGGAGGAAAGAAACUAAGGAAAAACUGGUCUACUUCCUGGAUUGUUCUUUCUAGUAGAAAAAUUGAAUUUUACAAAGAAUCCAAACAACAGGCUCUGUCCAAUACGAAAACUGGGCACAAAGCAGAAAGUGUGGAUUUGUAUGGGGCACAUAUAGAAUGGGCCAAGGAAAAAUCAAGCAGAAAGAAUGUCUUUCAGGUAAGAAUGCUACAUAUAUUCAGUUUAUUCCUAUUUCCUCUAAAUCAGAGCUUUCUUGAUCAUGCUCCGGCUGCGAGGAGGCCCCGGCUCGCGGGGGGCGGGGGGACGGCGGCGGGAGCCGCGGUUCACGCACAGCGGCGGCAGCGGGAGCGGCCCGGCACACACGGCGCCGGCGGCGCCGGGAGCGGGAGCGGAGCCGGCCACGCACGGCGGCUGUGGCGGUGGCGGAUGGACCAGAGCUGA